AUGCUGGGUUUCGACUUGCUGGAGGGCCGGGAACGCUCCCUCUCUGGCCUGCAGCGGGCCGUCUGGCAGGGCGAUUUGGAGCGCGUGCGCUCGCUGACGGCCAAGUCGGCGGCGGGGCUGCAGGCGCGGGACCGCGAGGGCCGCACGCUGCUGCACCUAGCCGCCGCCAGGGGGCACAGCCAGAUGGCGGAGCUGCUGCUGGGCCGCGGCCUGUCUCUGGAUGCGUCGGACAACCAGGGCUGCACGCCGCUGCUCAAGGCGGUGGAGGCAGACAGCACGGCCACCGCCCGGCUGCUGCUGGAGCGGGGCGCCAACGCCAGCCACGUGAACCACAAGCAGGCCAACGGGCUGCACGUGAGCGUGCGCCACGGCUCUGACCGGAUACUGGAGCUGCUGCUUCAGCAUGGCACCAACGUCGACCAAAUCAGCGAGGACGGCCACACGCCGCUGCACCUGGCCAUCCUGCACGACCGCGGUCGGACGGCGGCCGAGCUGGCGGCGGCCGAGGGCUUCGCCAGCGUGCAGAGCCUGAUCCGGCGCCUCAGCCGGCGGCACCGCAGCCUCAGUCAGAUGUUCAGCGUCGAGGAGCUGCAGCCGGAGCCGCCAGCCGACGCCGAGCACACACACCAGCGUAUGGACUCGGUCUCAUCGACCGGUGCGCCGUCGCUGCGCCACCAGUCCUCGAUCUCCUCUGCCGGCGCUCCGACACCGCGUCACCCCUCCCCGGCCGCCGCUCCCGACGCCGCCAAGGACGACUCUGACUCUUGGAGUGACGAUGGGGAGCUGAUGUUCGCGCCGCCGGCCCGCAAGCCGUCCGUGCCGCUGCCGGCCUGCUUCCUGUCUGACGGAGCUGCGGAGCGGACCGUCAGCGACGGCGACUGCACCUCGCCGCCAGCGUCCGACGACUCCUGGGACGACUCUUCGUCGGCCGGCGGCGGGGCCGGCUGGACUCCCGAGCGGCCGGGGUCACCGCGGCACGAGGAGGCCGCGCCGGAUCCGCCGGUCCGCCAGAAGAGCGUCAUGAUCCGUUCGCCGGCGCAUUCGUCGGGGACGUCCGCCUCCGAGAGCGGCGCAGUAUCUCAGAGCCAGACGCAGUGCUCGACCAGCCUGGCCGGCACCCUGGGCCGCGAGGGAACACUCCAGGGCUGCGAAGAGCUCUGGGCGCAGAACGACACCGUCCCGGCCAGCCAGUGGCCGGCCUCCGGGCCGGGCCGGCGCCGCGUCUCGGUCAACCUACCGCUUUUGGACACCGAGCCGGACUGGUCAAGCUCGCUCCCCAGCUUCCGGCGCCACUCGGUCUCGCUCGACUCGUUCCUGAGCGUGCGCAGCGCACCAGAGCCAGCGGCCGGCGCCGAGCUCGACGCGGACGACCAGCUGGAGGACAUGUACCGUCCGGAGGCGCAGCUGACGCCGGAGGCUGUCGUGUCGCCCACGUCCGACGGCUCCAGCGACGAGGACCGAGACGACAGGUCAGUCAGUGCCGGCGCGUUGGCAGCUCUGUAG